AUGAGUUUGCAGGUGAGAUCCUUUCAUUGAUAUCCCCUUUUCCAUUAAUUUGUUUAGAAGUAGCAACUGAAUGGAACAUUCCCAAAAGGAGAGUUACACUUUAUUGAUGGUAUGUGAAAUUUUUGUUCAAACUCGUCAAUACCAGUGUUCUUUUUCUGAUCCAGGUUCUUUUUGAGGACAAACUCCUCCACAAGGCGCAGCGUGGCUUGUUCAUCAGCAAACCAAAGUACGGAAUCUUCGUCACUGCCUUCUACAAGGAAGAUCUUUCUGUAAAUGACCUCACUGUUCGGGACCACAUUUUGGAUGCUGUACGUGACGUCGUCAACUAUGCUCUAGAAUUGGAGAAAGCUAAAGGAAACGGUUAGAAAGUUAAACUAUAAGGAGGUCAUUUUCAAUAAAUUAUGCAGCGCUCAUCCAAACAAUGAAAAAUGAAAAAUAGAUUAAACAUGUGGAAGAUGUUAUAUAAGGAAGUAGCACACGUGACUUCUGGCCUCUUGAUGUGACUCAUUGAAAGGUCUACUGCACUGUGCAUUACUUCCGACCCUCCUUAGAUGCUCGUGUUGCACUCUUUCCUAAGUUGUCAGACAGACUUUUAAAAAUAUGACUGACUCAAAAACUAGCAUCGCUCAAUACCUCAGCAUUUUUUCUCACGAAUUACAAGCCUUUAGGAACGGCAAACUUAACUGCUGUGAGGGAUGAAAUUGGGCAAUAUCGAGUUAAAUUUUUUUGCCCGUCCUUCCAAGGGUAAUAUUCCUCUCUCGGUGUUCGUUGCUGUUUAAAAUGCGUACUUCGGACUUCGACAAAACCAUAUAGUCACGGAGAGUUAUUUCGAGCAGUUCGUAAAUCUGAGACAAAACUGUAUAUCCACCCUGGUUUGUCAUUGCAAUUUUCAGAGUCAUUUACCAGGGCAAAUGUGGCAUUUGACCCAGACCAGUGGAGUAAAUGGUAUAAAGAUGACCCCAAACUGGCGAAUCUUGAUAACCGUCCCCCGGGCAAGAAACUCGUCCGUGACUCACAAAAAUUCCUGGACACCGGAGGAGAUGUGUUCUUUUUACUUAAAUCAAACUCUGUCGGGGAGGUGGAGAAAAUUCUUCAGCGUGUUGAGAAUAAUAUGAAACCUUUUUGCGAUAAGUUGGAUGUGACCCACUCUAAGCCCCCGAGUAAGGUAAGAAUUUGUUGAGUCUGUUUUUCUGAAAAAAAAGAGACACAUCAUCUUGUUAAAAGGGUAAAGGAGGAAGGUAAUUCAACUCUUGCUUGAGACACUAACCGAAAAUGGAAACGAAUUUUUUGCACUAAUCCAUUUAUGGGCUAGAACUGCUAACAAGAUCAUAUAUUUGUUUUUGCGCGGAUGGCGUUGUUCAUAAAAGCGGAACAACAGCCAUUUUUUUCUGGAGUUCUCGUUUGAAUUUAAAUGUACAAUACAAAUGUAAUUACCGUGUAAGAUUCCUCUUUCUUUAAGUGUACCCCAUUUCAUUUACUUUGUACCUCUCUUCCUCUGCUUUCUGAAGGGGACUAGAGUGAUAUCUAGACCUAUUCAUUUCAGUGUCAUUGAAAUAUUUGGAUAAAAACUUUUCAUUUUGAAGGUAUGAACUAUAAUGUCAUGUGACUUGCUAGGAAUUGAAAGAUUAUUGUCUUUUCCGAUCCAACUCCUUUGUUAUGAACCCUGCUCUUAUCCUGUCUUCCACCCUCCCUUCCCCCUUCUCCACCAACGGCUGCUUCGGAGAUGAAAGUAUAUCUUAGCUUGAGUCGAAAGAGAAAAACGCCUUAAAAAAUAUUAUUUGUAUGAAAGUUAGAUCUCUAUUUUUAGUGAUUAACAAAUGCAUCUACCAUGCCCCUGUGACCUGUUGCUGUAUUUUAUUGUGUCCUCAGCGGAUCAUUCAAAAUUCCUUUAUUGAUGGAGUAGCAAAUCCCUGUGACGCAGAGAGCAUCAAGAAUUACAUUGUCAAGAAUGAAGGAGCGUUAUCAGGUUACCCUGGAUCAUGUUACCUUCUGGCACAGAAGUUUGAGUUCAACUGGACGGUCCUCGGAAAUAUGGACAAGGUAAUAACAUGAAAUUCUCUUGCUUUCGAUCCUCGAUUGUCUUCACCUUUUCGAGCCUUUUCAUUUUAAGUUGGUACCAUUAAAAACAAAACUAACCCUGGAAUCAGUUCAUAUGAAAAAAAGGUUUUCUUUUGAAACGAUAAGUAGAUUCUUUUUGAAACGCCGGAGAAACGAACACUAGGCGAUAACUUUAAAUCCUAUCAAAAUUUAUAGUUUUAGCCUUGGUAUCUUAGAUCUUGACUCAUCAAUGAUAUAAAUUUUUACAAUGUGACAGAUUCAAAGAGGGGACAUGAUCGGGAGGAAAACUGGCACAGACACAAUCAUUCCCCACACGGACAAACGUGCUCACAUCUCACGCGCGCAUAUAGAACUCGACGUUCCACCAGUGAAUGGUCUUUUGAGGCAUAAGCGCGUUUUCCGGGUUUCAAUGCCUUACGGUCGAGCAGACCAACCAAGCCAAGAAGAAGGGUUGAUGUACAUGCACUGGUGCAACAAUACUGAGGUUUUCAAGACCAUUCUGGCAAACAUCGCUGGUAAUGACAAGCAUUCUAAACUUGGUGACGUAACCGUUGAUAGCUUGAUCAGCGCCGUCCGCCCAGUACUUGGAACCUUCUAUUAUGUGCCGAGUGCAGAAGAGUUGAAGUUAUCCACUAUCAAGGAACGAAGGUAAGAUAGGUGUUCACUUAUAUUUCAGGUUUUAGAAAACUGAUACAACGAUAUCUUUUACGGACUAUCUUAGGGUGGGAGGGGAGGGGAGGGGGGGUGAAGAAAGAGAGUUUUGAAAUGAGUUUAUUCUAUUUUCCCAGCGAUCCCAAAGGCCAGUGCCGUGGCUGCAUCGAUAAUUUUGAACGCGCAAUUGGAAAUAUUUUUACUGUUAUUGAUUACUAUGCAGAAAAUGUGAGCACCUAAACGUAUACAUUAGGUUCAAAAUUUUUUCAUACCGAGAAUAAUUUGUAAUAUUUUUUUUAGUGCAGAAAAUUAUAGCUUUAUUAGUUUUGGCGCUACCGCUCAGUAACGAGUGUGAUAGUCUCCAAAGUUACAUUCCCAACUUCUGAUGGUCAGAGAGCUCAUGCAAGAUUCCAUCUCAGCCACACAUCACAAACCACACUGCUAAUGAGAAAGAAUGAGAACUAGAUGUAAAAAAGAACAAAAGAACACUAGAAAAAUAGGAGUUGUCAGUUUACAAAGGAAUAAUGGAUUCUUUUAGUUUCACGGAAUGUACUCUUGCACUCCAGGUUUGAAAUAUUAGAUUUUUGGAACAUACGAAGUCCAUCAAACGAGUACCUGUUUUACAAUCAGAAGGAAUACCUCUACCGUAUGACAACUGGCGGAUACCACCCCGGAGACCCUCCAAGUAACCGAGUCCUUGGCCUGUUAGACUACGGCUUUCAGCAAUGGAACGACGAAUGGCACAAACGACGGGAGAUGCCUAAAAUUCCGCACCUCUUCACGAUGUUAAAGCCUACAAAAUUGAGCAAGGUGAAAGAGGCGUCUGUCAUGAUACGGAAAGGAUGGGCUGUGAAGGUGUCACUAGGACGCCUGUUUACCACAAACAAAGUACAAAAGCUGCGUGAUUCAAAGCAGCCAUUCUUCGGUCGUAAAGCCGACUUCUUUAACCUUCAUCCAGACGAGAUCAUAGUGGGUAGGAUGCCCAAGUGCUUCUCCCUAGGUCUUGGCAAGGCUGUGAUGCCCUAUCUUCAUGAGUACGAAGUAAUUCCAGCCUUCUACAAGGGUCUGAGUGAGGCAGCCGGAAUGGGGCAUGUGGUUCCUGAUUACGAGAGGCUGGUACAGAAUGGCCUGGGAAAGAUAAUAGAAGAAUUGAAAGCCACCGACAAAGGAGAAACUGCGGAGAAGCAAGACUUUAUAACUGCCUGCAUCCUGGCUUUGGAAGGAAUACAGAAGUACAUAAGGAACUUUGGAAUUUUGGCUGGUUACUGUGCUGACAACAGUGGCUUCGCGAUAUCUGAGGCUCAGAAACAAAACUUAAAACAGGUAAGACUCGAAGAGUUUUUGAAAUAUCGGGGUCAAGAGCCUAUUAAGCCUUUUAAGACAUAAAAGUCAUCGAUCCGCGUGGCAAGAAUUGGCUGCUUUACCAAACCUUCUAUAGCACGAGUAUCUUGUGAGAGUUUUCAGUGGAUAGUAACCAACAUAAGGAGGAAGGGCCAUAAACUUUACUUGAGAGAAAUGUUCGUUUACAAAUUCAUCAUUGACUAUUUUGCGAAAUAUAUUAAAGCAAAAGGAGUAAUCUUUCUUUAACAGAUAGAGACAAGAAUGAAGAAGAUUUCAACCGACCGUCCAGAGACGUUCGUUGAAGCUGUUCAACUGUUAUACUCAUAUCACUGCUGUUUGCACCUCACUGGCGAACCAACAUCUAUCGGACGUCUGGAUCAAAUCUUAUUGCCGUUCCUACCGGGUACAUCUGCUAAAGACGCCCAGGAAAUCAUUGACUGCCUGUUUGUCAAACUCUGUGAGCAUGUUCAUAUCAACUCUCGUCUGUUGAAUGAUUUGGGGACUUGGGGUAUGACAGCAGUACCGUACGCUUCCACAGGGAUGUUCGCAAACGGUGACACCAUCAACCAGUGGGUUCAGCAGGUGCGCUGAGGAUUCUAGUAUUUCAGUACAGUUAUUUGACGUCAAGGUUAAAUUUGCCAUUUUUGUGUUAUGAUAUGAAGACUCUACUGAUCUUUCUAACCUUUUAGUGGCAUAAAUGAUCGCCGUUCUGCCAUUCUCUCUUGAACUUUUGUAGUAUUUUCUAUAUCAACCUAUCUACCUACUUCCUCUUAAUUACCAACAUAAUGGCUUACUUUAACCUCCUAACCUACAUUCCAUUUCCAAGCGAAGUAGAUGUGAUGAAUUCACCAAAUUCCCUUUUCUCCCUUGAAUUGCAGGCUAUAGAGCUGUAGGUAACAGAAAUUUGUCUAAAAUCCGUUCACUGAUGAUUGUAAGUCUUGCUUUUUAGAUCACUGUAGGCGGUUACAAGGCGAAUGACGCAGCAGAGCCAGAAUGUGGUUGCAAUGACGUGACAAUCAUGUGCCUGAAAGCCUCGCGCAGGCUUCCACUUAAUGCCCCGUGUUUGUCCCUUCGAGUGCAUAAAAAUAUGCCGCAGAAGGUACGAAGAGCGAAUUAUCUAUCUAUCUAUUGUUCUGUCUGUGCAUGUGUAUAUGUACUUAUAUAAGGGGGAAGAAACCCAUUGUUAGAGCUGAUAACCAACAAUGAUGUAAGAAUAUUGAAACGGAACCGGGAGAAAAGGAUUAACACGGACCUCAAAUAAUCAAGUGGAAUAAAUUAAUGCUGCAUUUGCUGGAAUAUGGACGAGCGGCCGCAUGGCCCACGUUAGGAUUAACAUCUUCUAGUUGAACGGAUCCUUAUUUGUACUUAAUCAACGUACUUCUAAUGAGGUAAAGUAUAAACUAUCUUAUGUUGAUUGUAUAUUAUAUUGCCCUUGUGUCCAACUGGAGCUAUACAGCUUUAGUCCCUAAGGAUGAUACGUGCGCUCCUUUAAAUUGCCUAUAGUUCUCAAUGAAGAAAAAUGCCUUAGCUGUAUGAUUUUACGAUUUUUUUUCAAUGGAAACAGGUUCUUGAGGAGGCCGCCAAAGCAAUACUAAGUGGCGGGGCUCAUCCAAUUUUGCCCCAUGAUGAACACCUAAUUCAGGGCCUUCAAGAAGCUGGAGACGCUACAGACGUGCCAGUGAGCCUGAAAAGCGCACGGAAUUACUGUUGUGACGGUUGCUACGAGCCAAUAUUUCCAGGAGAGACAGACUUCUCCCUGGCUUAUGUGCCAUUGUUACAAGUGCUUGAAAUGACAAUCAACCAUGGCUCAACAUACUUGCUCGCUGGGCCAAAGUAUCUGGAGGGUGUACCACAGUCUCUGCCAACAGAACAUGCGGAAGAGAUUAACAGCUUUGAUAAGGUAAGGUCUUUCUUUAUAUUCUCCUGUACGUUAAUGUUCUUUAAGGGGGAAGGGGUCCAGAGUGCUUUCAUCCCUUGCGUUACUUUCGCUGUAAAACACGCUCUGUUCCAGAAUGAAAGCCAAGGUUGAGAGCUGAGCAGAGUUUCUCGUGUUCAAUGGUCAUCAAUCCAACAUCCAACAAAAUGUCUUUUUGAAAAGGGGCUGCCCUCCGCUCUCUGCUCCCCUAGGUCAAUAAAGGAAUCGAUAGAGAUCUCUCCAACGCGUAUUAGCAAGCAUUUUGCAAAAAUACUUGUGCUGGAGAAAUGUUUAGUGGACGACAUUUUUUUUCAUUUCUUUACCUUAUUUAAAUGUUUAUUGAUUAUUUUUCAGGUCAAAGAGAUCUUUGCCACGCACCUUAAUGUGCGAACAGGGUACAGCCUUUUCCUUCUGCUUCUCAACUAUGACAACAUUGUGCAGUACUCUCCCAGUCCUCUGCUCUCUCCCCUCAUCCGAGGUUGCCUUGAAACACAGCGGGACAUUUACAACGGUGGUGCUAAUCACACGCUUAUUGGCGUCCAAUUCAUCUCUUUUUCCAACACUGUUGACGCUCUGUACGCCAUCAAAAAGCUUUGCUUUGAUCACGACUCGGCUCUAAUUUCCUUGGCUGAGUUAGUUCGGUGCCUCAAGUGUGACUGGGGAUACAACAUGCAAGAGCCCUUCCAUGACGAGAUUGCUGGCAAAACCCGAGGUCAGCGGCUGUCGGACACGUACAAGGCAGUACGCGAGACAGCGAUUAACUUGCCCAAAUUUGGAACUAGUGCUGGUGCGGAAAACAAAGACAUCCAAGAAAUCACGAGGUAAUUUGAAUUUGGAAGUCCUUAAGAACAUUUUGAUAUUCUUUCUUAACUUUAUAGUUGGUUUAUACUUUACAAUUUUAUAAGGCAAGCUCGUCCAAAAUCGCCUAAGGAGCGUUUAGUCGUCGCGCGUUAUGAUGUGAGAUAAACAAACAAACUAUUUCCUUAUUUUUUUUCGUCUUCACUGAUUAGUAACCAUCAUGCCGUCGUUGUCUUUUUGCCACCAACUGGUCAUGGUCAAUGUGUCACUCAAUGUUUAUUUAUGAGGAUGUCGUUUAUUUAUGAGGGUGUCACGAGAAGGAAAUUGAACCAAUCUCCCUCCGAGUUAGUGCGAACUCUUUAAGAAAUGAACUAUAAAUUGUGUCAGAAUAUAUUUUUUUGUUUGGCAAAAGGAACACAUCGUGUAUCAGUGUUGUUUAAGGAUUGAACAGGUUGCCUCUCAUCUUACAACUCUCGUUUUCUGAAAAAAUCCUCUCAUUUUGUAGCUGGUUAGCAGAACAAGUCUCAACAGUUGUGAAUAAAGUGUCCCGCCCCAGUCUGGAAGCUCAUCAACCCCUAGUCGAGUUGAUUGACAGCCUAAAAAAAAAGUACUCGGUGCCUGGGGCACCAUGGGAUGUACUGCUGCCCACAGGAUCAGGGACAUUUGAAGGAUACGUUGGCUGGGGAGCAGGAUGUGGGGCUUCUGCUGAUGGUCGGCGAUCAGGCUCACCCAUAGCCUCCGAUCUCAGUGCUGCUCCCACGCCUCUGGAUAAGCCUCCAGUACCAAAGAGCUUUGGUAUCUACAAGUAGGUCAUAAUAAGAGGUAUUCAGUAAAAAAAAAAAAACGUUUCGUGGCCAAUCCUUUUACACAUGCACUAAACAUCCUAAGCCAUCUUAAGUGUCAUUCUUUUCCAAAACGCGGCAUGUUUCUCCACAUGAUUCAGUUCUAUGUCAAAGUUCCUGUACCAAACUUUUGGUACAGGAACUUUUAAUCGCCGUAAGAUGGCAACUGUAUGAGUCGUGCGACUGAAACAUUUUGUUGGAGAAGAUCUUGUUCGUUUCCUGUCUUUCGUUCCUUUACGCACAUGGCUUUUGCUUCAUUUUUAUUUAGAUCACUGAAAAGCUGGGAUAUGCACUCUAUAAACGUUGGCUUCGCAAACGGUGCAGAAAUCGAUUUGAAGAUUAUGGAAGACUUUAAAGAGAGUGACCUGGUUGAGUUCUUAAGGAAUUAUGCCGACCUAAAGGGUAUUGGAGGAAACAUUUUGUCAGGUGAUUCAUGCUAAACAUUAGGAAUAAAACACGCUCCCCUAGUCUACAUAUGUAAUAGAGUAGUUUGAUCGCACGGGUGAGUGUAGUCCUAAGAAGGACUGUUGCCAGUAGUGAUGACUGACAUUUCGACAACCUGAGCGGAAGUCAGCAUCAGAGUCAGGUGAAUAACUGUUCUCAGUCGAAUGUUCUAGUUCCGGUAUAACUGGUUGGUCAGUUUUGCCGUGAUGUUAUUGGCUGUAAGACUCAAGUGGUGUAAGUCGGUCGUGAUUGGUCGGUCGGUCGUGAUUGGUCGGUCUUUUCGAUCUGUUGGUAAGUCGUUUUAGUAGUGGUUGAAACCUGUUGAAGGAAGUCUGUUCUAAGUUAGUGAACCAGCUUUCCAGAGACGGUGUUCGGUUCAGUCAAAAGUGUGGUUUGUGACACAUUUGAUGUUUAUGUCGUGAGUGAGUCGUUUGUAUGGUGCCGGUAGUGGUUGAAACCUGUUGAAGGAAGUCUGUUCUAAGUUAGUGAACCAGCUUUCCAGAGUCGGUCGUUGAAAGUAGUUGGUGCUGUAGGUUAGGCAUUGGGCAGAGUCCCGGUCAAAAGUGUGGUUCGCAAGUCGGUGUUGUUCAGCAAUCACAUCAUACGUAUCUGACUUAGAAAAUUCGACUGACAACAACUAUUCAAUUGUCUGUGAUGAUGACUUCCGCUCAGGUUGUCGAAAUUUCAGUCACCACUACCGACAACAGUCCUUCUCAGGACUAGACUCACCCGGACGAUCAAAUUACACUAGUACAUGUUACCCUCGGGUUUAAACCAUUUACUGAAUCGAGUGUCCAUAUGUUGAAUAACUAAAUAAGUCAGAACUAUCUAAAACGUCGAUCUAUGUUUCUUUUCUCAAAGAAAAAAACUUUUCAAUUGAGUUGCCAGUGAUGGUCUAUCAGAGUGAAUACAAAUAUCAGAACAGAAGGGACUCUAUUCAAAGCCAAAGGGAACCCUCUGCCUGAAGUACGGAAAAUCACAACUAACAAAGCCACAACUGUUUUCAGUCGUACAAACAAACUACAAUUGCACUAACUAGCCCAACAAUAACAAGUCAACUUCGACUGAAAGCACACAGAUGUUCAUCUAGGGGGCACUGCAUAGCAGAAAUUAAUCCUAAGGGGGAUCCCCGCAAGUUGAAAAAAUAGACAACAGGAUCUUACAAGUGAUGGUCGAGGAAGUAAUAGGCAUGGACGGAUGGGUGACUUCGUGUGGUAGAUGAAAACUUAAAAAAAUUUAUCCCCAGCGCCUGGUGCAAGCAGAGAGCAUUUAAUACGAUAAAAACCCCAAAAAAACUUGUUGUUUCUCUUUAUAGUGACUUGUGCCAAUCCUGAAACAUUCGCCAACGCCCAAAACAACCCAGAGCAGUAUGAUCUCAUCCGCGUUCGUACAGGGGGCUGGAGCGAGUUUUACACUACUUUCUUCACCGCUCAUCAGAAACAUCAGGAGCGGAGAAUGUAUUACCAUUCUACAUAAAGUACUGGAUCUCUUGAUCUAUAGCCGUGUUGUGGCAUAUCGGUCUUCAAAGCCUUUCUGUUGUAAGAUUGUGGUGACUCUAUGUUUAUUAGGUUUAUUUUUCGAAGUAUCCAAGACUUAACUAGUAAAAAGGUCAGACUAGAUUGAAGUGGUUUUUUUAGGCAGCGGUAAGCUUGUGCACCAGCGCAAUUAAUGAUGUUAAUAGGCGCGAGUAGAGUCCAAUUUGUCAAUCACGAUUAUGAUGACAGACAGAUUUAGGUCAAAUACCUCCAGUAGAGACAAUAUCUAAGUAAAAAAUUUUGGAAAUUCCCCAUCUUUUUUUUAGGAUAAGUGCUUGUUGUUAUGGAUAUUGUGAUGAAUUCUGUUAUUGGUAGAUUUAGCCGAGUGAACUUAGUAUGCUUGGAAGCUUCAACUGUCCGACUACAGGUGUCCGAUUACAGCCAACUGUCCGAUUACAACUUCACAGAAUGAUUAGUGAGAAAUAAAGUAGCUAAUGCAUCAAUCACAUUUGAGAAAAUUGCAAUGGUUAUGAUUAAUUCUAAUCUAAAGGGACCUGGAUAAAAUAGCCAGGAAACUAGUCGAAAAGAGCUACCUAAUCCUAGUUCGUGCACGCACGUUCAAACUGCAAAGUAAAGCACUUUUGUGCAUUGCAAUUGUCUCCAUGGAAUUGACCAUGCUGCAAUAGAUUGCACACGUCCUAGAAAGUUCUUCCAGCCCGGGAAGUCCCCGUUUUCCCGAAGAUUGUAUUUAGCUGC